UAUCAGGUCAGCUUCUUUUUGGGGUCACGAUAUAUGGAAUAUAAUUUAUUCUUUAUGGGCCGUGUUAUGUGUGAUCCCCCGGUGUGACUUGAGUUCUCACUGCAGCUUAUCCGGGAGAAGCAGAGAUUGCGCCUGGACAGUGGGUCUUAGACCCAACGGAGACGCGUGGUGAUGGGCGGUGGCGAUAAUCCGGCUGUCUAAUGGGUCUCAUCUUACGUUGUCUCAGACUGCUUCCUUCCGACCAUCUCCUUUCCCUUCCUUCUUACUUAAGUUAAAACCUCUGCAGCUGCACAGCCGUGUCUCUUGUAUAUCGCUUUGCUUUUUGAUCUCUCCCCCCAUGGCGCUCGUUCAACUAUCCACCUUCCCCGAAGAGCUGCUCGAGUGCAUCCUCGCGCACGUCGUCGUCGGUUCUGCGACACCCAGAACACGCCCCUCCUGGCACCAGCCCGCUGCCGCGAAGGACAUCCGGACUCGACUCGCUCCUCUGCUUGUAUCCCAACAAUUCUAUCGUAUCUCUCUCCCGCUAUUUUACGAGACGGCCGUCUUGUGCACCCCCUCCCAAUCAGCCAACUUCCUGCACGCGCUCGAGACUCGCCCUGCCGCAGCCGGAUUUGUGAAGACCCUGGUGCUCCCGGCGCCUAAUGCUGUGGACGCGGAGAUCGUCGAGCUGCUGUGUCAACACGGGGGCCUGCAUGUGCUCGAUGUCACGCUGCUGGGCGACCGCGGAGAUGCGAGUGCACGCACCUGUCCUGCGGUCGCCGAAUCGCUUGGGCGUAUCUCGACACUUCGGAAGCUCACGAUCAGGAAGGCUUCGAAUACCUAUCUUUCCCAGCCGGGCCCUAGAUCAACAUUGGAUGCGCUGGCCGGUGUCGUGGAAACCUGUCGGUCACUGGAAUCCGUAGCUCUCGCGUUCCCGCUCUCCGCCGAUGCAGCGCUCUCACGGCUCGUCGAAGCCCUCGCAAUCGCUCCCGAAAUGCAUACCCUCCGGACACCGAUGCCGGCAGUCUGGGCCCCGGCGAUGCUCUCCGUUGCAAUUAAUCCGGCGCUGAAGCGAAUCGAGCUAGAGUCGGCAGACGCCGAAUCUGCUGCACAUGGCUCCGUGUCUGCUGUCCGGCGGACUUGCACUGCUACCUCCCCAGCCGCGGGUGACAGAUGCUACGCGACGGCGGUGCCAGCUGCCCGUCGAGCCCGCGGGGUGCUCGGCACGUCGCUGUUCCUCACGGCCGCGCGCCAGCACCACCGCCUGAGCGAGCUGAUCCGCGCGGGCACGGUCGUGCUCGGGUGGCGCGGGCGUGCGUGGACCAUGGGGAGCGUGGACCCCAGUACACUGCAGCUGCAGGCGUCGUCGAGCGCGGGUGGUGCGAGUGCCUGCUAAGCGCGCGGGGCAGCAUCUCCUUAUGGAAGGUCGGGGCCCACAACAGCGUUCCCUCGGCUAUCUCGGUCGUGAUCGAGUCACCGUCAGGUGUAUAUAAAACCCACUGUCGUCGGCAACGGGGCGUGGGACCAACGGACGGACUGGAGCAAUUUUGGAUAUCUGAUUCUAAGGGCCCGUUUAUUUGGAUGUAAACUACCGUACACUCUGUGUAAUAGUCGCUGAAUCGCGAACACUUCUUAGGCUGAGUCCAUCGCUCAUGCUACAUACCACUUAACUUGCUAAUGUAACGCAUUUGGGAUCGUGACCUGAUGAUGAUAUUAUACACUCACCGAGGCUACCCCGACUUCCCAAGGCCGCAAAAGGCUCGCCAGUCUCCACCCUCUCUAGCCAAUCGCGUCAUUCUAGUGUGAUAUGGGCUAUGGCCCCAGCAACUUGCACGAUGUCCCAAGCCCCGGUGCACUCGAGCUUUGAGGCGAAGAACGCGCCGUACGUCGAGACGUUCGGCGACAAGAGCCUGCUUCCUAUCCCGCCUGCGAAGAAGAUCGCUAUCGUGACCUGCAUGGACGCUAGACUCAACCCCGCAGCGCAUCUCGGGCUCGCGGAAGGCGACGCCCACGUGAUCCGCAACGCAGGGGGGAUUGCGAAAGACUCGCUGCGGAGCCUGCUGGUCUCGCAGCGCCUGCUGGGCACGCGCGAGAUCGCUGUGUUCCACCACACCGAGUGCGGGAUGCUCACGUUCAGCACCGCGCAGCUGCGCGCGGACAUCAAGGCGCACGCCGCGCCGGAGCUCGCGCCGCGCGUCGACGCGCUCGAGUUCCUCGAGUUCGCCGACGUCACCGAGUCCGUCAAGGAGGACGUCGCGUGGGUCAAGGGCGAGCCGCUGCUCCUGCCCGGCACGGUCGUCACGGGGUGGAUCUACGACGUGCGCUCGGGCAAGGUCAGCCAGGUCGUGUGAGUGUGAGGCGAACGCGCUUCGAACGUGAAAUCGAGCUAUCUUUGCUAUCGUGUACAAUGCAAGCUAUUUUCUGCUUCGCCCGCUUGGCUGGGAAUUUCGAAGGCCCCCGGGCUGCAGAGACCGCGUAGGACUGGACCGGGCAUGGCGUGAACAUCGGCGCGGAGAGAGACAGCACCAGGCGGCAGAUUCGCACGGUUGGAAUAUCGGGCCGAGCCAUUGCCGACCUGCGCGAACUCCAAAUGUCCGCUUAUCAUCUGGGUGGGGAUGCCGUUGGGCUCCCAGUCUGACGUGGCUCGGCAGGAGUUGGGUCUUUCCAAUCCAACUGAAGCCAAAUUGUGCUGUCCUUCCGGCACCCUCCCGUGAUGAACGAACGCGCAGACGAUCAUCAUAAUUAGCGGUGCACAUCCGGGCCACCGCAAUCAAACCCGUUUUGUAGCUUCGCAUCCCGGGCGACAUCCUCCACCGCUCCCACCCGCGAAACUAGCGGAAGAUGCUCACGCAGUGAUGAUGUGACGAACGCUGUCCCCGGAUGGACACCAGCGCCGCACACACACGCCCGUCAGAGUCGUCUCGCUAAAUAGAGACGCGGGCUGACCGUCGUCUGGCAGCUAGGAGCGAAACACCCAAUCAGGCUCUGGACAGCGCGCUGAAGCCCUGAUGGAACGUGCGUGCACAGCCCGGGUGCGGCGUGGCCAGGUGCGCCGCCGGGAAAUGGAUCAGGCUGGUGAGUAGCCUCCAGGUGCAGAAACGCUUGAUGCGUCGAGACCGGGACACCAGCCACGCCGCGGGCGCCAAUCCUGCUGCAGCCAUCCCCACCUCGCGAACGCGGGAAUCCCUGCCCUGCCCUGCCUCACGCUGACACUAGCACGGGGCAGGCGGAUCGUUGCUACAGCACCAGCACGAUGAGACUAGGCUCAAUCCGCCACACACGCAGCGCGCCCCGCCGAGAUCCUGAUCUCGAUCUCGCGUGUGUGUGUCCGAUCGACGUGCUCUCUAGG